AUGGCCCCUCUUCGUACCAUGACCGGCGAUACUUUCACCGAUGAGAAGACACCUCAAUCGCCAGUAUCGCCAGUAUCGCCCACAAAUACCGACGCGACCUUAACGGGGGACUUCAUUGAGAGUGCUGAAGACAGUCAAUCUACCAUUCAGCCCUCGGUGCGGGCAGACUCAAUUGAUGUUGAGAGUGCACAGCCUGAGAACGAGAGAAAGCGACCAAACUUCUUGCGACGUAUUACAGUCCCUUUCCGCUCCGAGCCUGAGGAUGAGUAUGUGACUGAGAACGAUGAAAUCACAUCACUGGAGAAGGAGCUGGAUGAAAUAGACUGGGAUGACUUUGAUGAAGAGCCUGUACGUUUGCAAUCGCGACAAUUCGACACUAGCCAGCCUGAUGGUGAGGGAGCGCCUCGCAGCCGACGAGUCAUACUGCGGGAGAUCAAAGCCAAGCUUAUGGAGUAUGAUGAGGUCCUCAUCAAGGCCAGAACAUUAGAAUCCUUCCAGAAGCCAUCGGACCGCAACUACCGUAGUGUACGACGCUACUGUAACAACAAGAAACCUCUCCUAGAUGCUGAGAUGGACGCGAUCCGCAGCAAAGAAGACAUCGUAUCAUUGCAGAAUGGUCGUGAGUGGGCAAGCUUCGACGGCAGCGUGGAGACUCUGAUUAGCCAAAUCGAUCGCUUCUUGCAAAAGGUCUUUGGUACCAAGAAACUCCCACUACAAAAGUACUUCCGUACCCCAGAAGCUAUGGAGAAGACGACAGACCCUUACGUCUCCCUAUACAGCAGCUCUCGCAUCGACAAAGUUGUCAAUAUGCUCAUCACAUUCGUCAUAUUCUGUCUCCUUGUCAUCCCCGUCAUUACCAUGUACCAGUUGACCAACACUGCGGCACAUGUGGUGACAGAUGCUUCGGGCAACACGACCACCACCAGCCAAGUGGAUAUUGACAGCAGAGACACGUUCAAUGCUGUCGGCGUGUUGAUCGUAUUCACACUGCUCUUCAGCGCUGCAAUGAGUCUUCUGACAAAGGCGGCGAGACAUGAACUGUUUGCGGCAUCAGCAGCCUAUUGCGCGAUCUUGGUUGUGUUCAUUGGCAAUUUCACGGGGCCUGGCAAUUGA